UUCGAGGACGUCGUUCACCGCCUCGAACCCGCUGAGCCGCUUCCGUACUCACAAUGUACUCCCGAACUUGGCUGUGGAAAUUCUGCUCCCUGAUAGUAACAUCGUCUGCUUCCAUUCUUCAUAUUGCAAAUCCAGACUCCACUACAUAGUCGCUCAAGGUGCGCCCUCUUCCUUCCUCCGAGCCGGAUCGUGACUGGUUAAAAAAACGCUUUACGUCGGAGGAGUAGAAAGCCCGCUUCGAGGUGAGAGAAGAAAAAAAAACGAUUCCAAAAUAUUUGACGUCAUCAUUAGGCGCCCAUCGCGCUGGUUACACCGGAAGCACAAUGACACGUCAUCCGGGUCAUAUCCGUAUACAUCCAUGGAGCCACAUGUGUACGGAUUCUCUUUUUCUUAAUCGGUAUAUUUUUGUUAUUCUUUUUAUUUUUGUCUUCCUAAUAUUUGACAAAAAGCUGCUAGCAUAUUAGCAUCUGCUCCGUUUUUUAACGUGGUAUUUUGAACAAGUUUAGUGAGUCGAAUGUAAACAGUGCGCUGCUGCUAUGAAAGGCAAACGGAAGGGAAAGCAGAAGGGCAACGCCGUGUUGCAGAAGUACAUGGUGGCGGUGGGCGAGUUCGUCAAGAACAAAAGUGGCGCCGAGGGAGCAGAGGAUGACGCCGGUUUGAGGUCGGUCAAACGGAAAAGCAGAAAGGAACUCCGCAAGGAGAAGCGAAAAUUGAAGAAAAUCCGAAUGAAAAGUCACUACGAAGGUAAAAAGAAAAAUCUGCCCAGCGGCGAUGGUGAACAGGCUGUAAUACCUAAAAAACAGAAGGCAACAGGUGGCAACAAGAAGGACGAGGUCAAAAAAGUGCCAAAAACUAAUGCAAAGAAACAAGAAAAGCCCAAAGUGGCACCGACGAAAACCAACAGGUACCAAGAGUCGAGGAAAAAGGCGCUUUUAGAGGCCAAUGAACAAGAGGACCGAGAAAUAAAGAAACUAGAGCGCUACUUGAAAUUAAACAAGAGGAAAAACAAGAAAAGCAUACCUCAGUCAUUUGUGGCUGAUGGACUGGACUAUAUCCUGGGUGCUCUUGACACCGGCACUUUGACCACGGGAAUGUACGACAGCGAUGACAACAUGGACCUGGCCAAGGACAACUUUAAACAGCUGGAGGUGGACGACUUAGAGGAGGACGAAAAGGACCUCGCAAGUGAUGGCGAAGAUUUAACUGAUGAUGAGGGUGAAGUAGUGGAGGAGGAGGAGGAGGAUGAAUUACCAAGUGAAGAUGAUGAAUCGAUGGAUGCCGAACUGGAGGACGAGAAUGACAUAAAUGAGAAUGAGGAAAGCGAAGAAGUUACAGAGCACGUUCCCACCCCUGCGGCGGGCAAGUAUGUGCCUCCUCACAUGCGCGAUGCUGGUGGCGAACAACGCAAAGCUGAGUUGGAGAAACUGAAGAAGAAUGUGAAGGGCCUCGUCAACAGGCUGAGCGAGCCCAACAUGUCGUCCAUCGGCGGUCAGCUGGAGGCCCUCUACAUGAGCCGCAGCAGGAAGGACAUGAACGAGACCCUGACAGAGGUGCUGCUGGCCGCCUGCGUCACGCCGGCACUGAUGCCCAACCGGCUGCUGAUGGAGCACGUCCUCCUGGUCAGCAUCCUCCAUCACACCGUGGGCUUGGAGGUAAUGAUGAAACGUUCUUCUUGUCCUAUGAUUGUUAAAUUCCACACUGGAUGGAUGGGCAGGCAUUCCAGAGACAAAAUUAUUGAUACAAUUACAUCUGAACUGGUUUGCUCCUUUUUAAAAGUGGUGGACACUCAGCUGAAAUCUUUUUCGGCUGAAUAUAACGUCAUGGAGGUUUUCCAGUUAGGUUUUAAGAUGAGACGCAAACGGAAGGGAAAGCAGAAGGGCAACGCCGUGUUGCAGAAGUACAUGGUGGCGGUGGGCGAGUUCGUCAAGAACAAAAGGGGCGCCGAGGGAGCAGAGGAUGACGCCGGUUUGAGGUCGGUCAAACGGAAAAGCAGAAAGGAACUCCGCAAGGAGAAGCGAAAAUUGAAGAAAAUCCGAAUGAAAAGUCACUACGAAGGUAAAAAGAAAAAUCUGCCCAGCGGCGAUGGUGAACAGGCUGUAAUACCUAAAAAACAGAAGGCAACAGGUGGCAACAAGAAGGACGAGGUAAAAAAAGUGCCAAAAACUAAUACAAAGAAACAAGAAAAGCCCAAAGUGGCACCGACGAAAACCAACAGGUACCAAGAGUCGAGGAAAAAGGCGCUUUUAGAGGCCAAUGAACAAGAGGACCGAGAAAUAAAGAAACUAGAGCGCUACUUGAAAUUAAACAAGAGGAAAAACAAGAAAAGCAUACCUCAGUCAUUUGUGGCUGAUGGACUGGACUAUAUCCUGGGUGCUCUUGACACCGGCACUUUGACCACGGGAAUGUACGACAGCGAUGACAACAUGGACCUGGCCAAGGACAACUUUAAACAGCUGGAGGUGGACGACUUAGAGGAGGACGAAAAGGACCUCGCAAGUGAUGGCGAAGAUUUAACUGAUGAUGAGGGUGAAGUAGUGGAGGAGGAGGAGGAGGAUGAAUUACCAAGUGAAGAUGAUGAAUCGAUGGAUGCCGAACUGGAGGACGAGAAUGACAUAAAUGAGAAUGAGGAAAGCGAAGAAGUUACAGAGCACGUUCCCACCCCUGCGGCGGGCAAGUAUGUGCCUCCUCACAUGCGCGAUGCUGGUGGCGAACAACGCAAAGCUGAGUUGGAGAAACUGAAGAAGAAUGUGAAGGGCCUCGUCAACAGGCUGAGCGAGCCCAACAUGUCGUCCAUCGGCGGUCAGCUGGAGGCCCUCUACAUGAGCCGCAGCAGGAAGGACAUGAACGAGACCCUGACAGAGGUGCUGCUGGCCGCCUGCGUCACGCCGGCACCGAUUGACAUGAACGAGACCCUGACAGAGGUGCUGCUGGCCGCCUGCGUCACGCCGGCACUGAUGCCCAACCGGCUGCUGAUGGAGCACGUCCUCCUGGUCAGCAUCCUCCAUCACACCGUGGGCUUGGAGCAAACCACUCAAACUGCGACCACCAACAACAACGCUUCCUCCUCGGCCCGACUGCAUCGGCCACGACAACUCUUUGUCCCUCUCAAAGAGCCGCGCUGGGAACGUUUGCUUUUCGCGCGUGAGCUCGUUAAGUUUCCUCUCAUUGGUUUUGACACUUUUUUUCUGUUUCCAUUUUCACAGAUCACCUUCCAGUUCAGCCUGUGGGAUAAAUUCCGGGAGCUUUCCAACCUUCCCGCCAGGACUUUUAACAAUUUGAUCCAGCUCGUGACCCUCUUCCUCCAGAAAAAGUGCUUCUCGCUCUCGCUGCUCAAAGUAAUCGAGUUCGGAGAGCUCGACAAGGCCAAGGUGCGCUUCCUGCGCCAAGUCCUGACUCGACUGCUCACAGACACCGAGCCCGAGGAUGUCAUCGGCAUUUUUUCAAGGAUUUCUGGAAUUCCCCAGCUGCGAAUGCUGCGCGAGGGCCUGAAGCUUUUCAUCAGCCACUUCCUGCUUAAGAGCGCCGCGCCGCAGGACGACUCG